CACACACACUACAUACACCGAGUAACUGUGACCAUUUUGUUUUGGCUACACCCAACUCCAUCAAAACAUUCUCUAAGACAACCGAAAACUUCAUUCUCAAUGACGAAAGAAUGGGAUUGUCGAAGAGAACAAAUUGUCGAACUUUCCAAAGUUCAUGGGAUGACGGUUCGCGAGUUGCAGGCACGGAUGUCGAAGUUAUAUAAUUUCGACGCUAGUGUACGCUCUUACAAGCGUGUGCUCGCUAGAUGGGGGAUUCAUAUACACCGGCAACGAUUUAUCUCGCCCCGGACGGAAGAAGCAGCUGCUCGAACGGCUACGGGAGAUGUUUCGAAAGCCCUCGAUGAACUAGUUGCUCAACUGUUCUAUGCAAGGCAAAGCGAUAAAGAUUCCCUUGCGCAAAUAGAAGCCAAUUUUGGAUUACGUCUUUCAAAGCGUGCGCUUCAUUAUCGUCGGAAGCGCCUUUCUUUAAAGCGAGCUAUUAGCAAAGCUCAAGACUCACCUGACUUUCAUCAUCAUCUUACUUCAUCAUCACCAUCGGCACUCCAUUUAUCCCAACAACAUUUUUCAAAUCCUCUUUCUUCCGCUCCCCAAUCCCAGUCCCAAGAGCAACAAAACAUCCCUUUACUCGCUCAUUCCUCUCUUCUCUCUGCAGAAGCAUCUCCUCCUUCUUCUUCUUCUUCUCAUCCUAACUCGGUGUCUUUAUCUGAAACAAGGCCUCCCUCGCGAACGGUCCUUGAUUCGCACUCUUCCGCCAUUGCUUCUUCCCCAUCCAAUGCUCAUCCUCACCCAUUACCGAUGAUUCCUUCUUACUCUUCUAAUUAUCCUGCUGCUCCAGACCCUUCGUCGUCUUCUCAUCAUCCUUCCAAUGGUGCUUCAAUUCCUUCUCUACCUUACUUGCAGAACCCUUCUGUUUUUCAUCCUCCAGGCCCUCUUCAUCCUUCUCAGUUCUCUUUUCCUCACCAUUUGCCUACACCGCCACCUCCUCCCCCCCAUACUCCCCUUCCUUUCUUGUUUCAUUCAAAAAACCAAUCGAGCCAGCCACAUAGUAUAAAUUACCCUCCUCAAAAUCAAAACUAUUCUUCUUCUUUAGCUCCUGCUCCGGUUCCUCACGUGCCGUCAGAAAACCUCUCGGAUCCCUCGAUUACUACUACAGAUUCCAGUUCCUCCUAUCCCUCUUCUCGCUUGCCUCCGUCAAACCCGUAUUAUUCAAAUCAUUUAUCUGUACCCUCUUAUCCAGAACAAGCACAUUCUAAUCAGCAGUCCGUUUCAGCUAUGAAUGUUGUGUCUCUUCCUCCGUAUUCUUCUUUUCCUUCCUCCUCUUCACUCCCUCCUCUUUCAAGUUUUCCGCAACAAGCACAUUGCCAUAUUCCUUCUAGUCCUGUUGAAGCGGCUGGAGAGCAUAUGUCUACCCAUCCUGUGAACCCUCCUAUGCCUUCUAUCUAUGCAAACUAUAUAGGGGAUUCUCCAGAAAAUCGUAAAUCGAGUUUUUCUCAACCAUAUGUGCCUACCUCUGAGGAAGGACACCCUUUACAUCCAUCUCAUCAACCUCCUCUAUCUCAUUCUCCGAUGCUGGCAGCGGCUUCUGAGCACAAAGCUUCCAUGCCCUCUUCCUUCAUUGGGGGACCUCAAUUCCAAGCCUCAAAGUCUCCGAAUCUUAGGCCACCUCGCUUAGAGGUACCAGAAUCCUCUAUCCGUGAACCCUUUUUAGAGCCUAUAGACAAAGAAGUUAAGCCUUCCGAGGAAAUGCUGAAUUCUAUCCAAUAUCAAAUUGGUGAAAGUCAUCGCGGCUCUAGUUAUCUACCAAUGCUUACCAUACCGAAUGCGGCCGCCCCUCACCACUCUUUGCCUCCUCCGAACGCCUAUAUUCAAGAACAUAUGGCAAGCCCAAACCAUCACGCUCAGCAUGCGAUGCCGAUGCAGAAUUAUUCUUCUGUUCAGUAUCAACCAAUGUUGCCUUCCAAUGAUAUCAUACAUUCACCAGCUCAGUUAGCCUCUUCCCAACAAUCAACUUUGCCCGAAGAGAAUUCAGCUCAAUAUGCCAUGUCUAAUAACUACAUGGGUCGAUUCCCUCAGACGUCUCAUCAUCCGUCUGCUAAUUUACUAGAUGCAAGCGCUUCGUUGAAUCCUGUUCAGAAUCCACUUAUCAUGCUUCAUCAUGCUAAUCAAGAAUACAUUUCUCUGGGUAGACCUGAACACUCUAUUCCAGAGCAAAGCCAUAUUGUUCCUACUUAUUCUGAUGUUGACUCGCGUUUUGUUUAAGGAUAAUUAUCUAACUAAUUUUUGUAUAAUUUAUUUCUUUAAUUUUUGGUGAAUAAGUUGCUUCCUUUUUUGUUUCGUUUUUACUUCUUUUAAUUUACACCACAGAACUUCGCUCGUUUUUGCCAUGGAUUUUAUUGAUGUCGAAAGUACUAUAGAUUUUGCUAUGUGUCACGGAUUCUUUUCUUUUUCUUUUUGUACGAUAGGGGGAUUCAAUAUAGAAAGGUCAUAUUUUUUGUUUCUAUUUCUAUGGGUUUCAGCUGUUGCCUUUUAGUUGCUUAC